AUACUGACCUGAAUGAGAGAAUAUCUAGGCUCUUGGAUCCUCUGUAUACUCGGUUUGUCGUAUGUGGCGCAGGUGUCGACCCCCGUGACCAGUUGGGCAUCGAGGGAUUACCACCCCCUCCUGACAUACCAGCUGCUUGGAAAAUCCCUAUACUGCCUGCACUGCCUGCGACUGAGGUGGCGUCACCAGAAAAACAAGACGUGGCGUCCGAUACCAUGCUACCACCUGAUGCCUUCGAGAAAAAAAUGAAGAGACUCGCCCGACUUGGGGAGUUUAUAAAAGACCAGGCUAUGAAGAAGUUCCUGUUCCGUCGUGCACGAAAACAGCUCAAGCAGAAGGCAUACCUGACUGGCAACCCGGGGGAAAAACGUCUAGUACCUAAGCAGUAUGCAACAGGCAACCCGGAGACGGGACGUCUCGUACCUCAGCAAUGCGCAACGGGCAACAAGGACGCAGGACGUCCCGUGCCUAAGCAAUGCGCAACGGGCAACAAGGACACAGGCCGUCCCGUGCCUAAGCAACACGCAACAGGUAACCCGGAGGAAAGGCGUCUUGCACCUAAACAAUACGGAAUUGGCAAACCUGGAGCAAAACGUAUGAUACCUCAACAAUACCCAGCAGGCAGGCCGAAGAAACACCGGGUUAUAGUGCCUAAGCCAGCGGGCGACGCUAAACUGGGCACCGACGUGAAGCCUGCGUGUCCUGGAAGGAUGUUGACUCGAACGUAUGCCCAAUUCUUUGACUGACAAUGUUUGAUCGGACACGUAACUAAACUGUCACCCGCAUCCCUGACACCUGUCAUAUCAUGAUAUCUACGUACUGUAUCGCAUCUAGUGGAAAGAACAUCAUUAUUAGAACAUUAUUAUCACCUUCUGUAUCGUGGUUGUCCUUCGAAGUUUCAAUUGUGUAAUAAUAUAUCCG